AUUGAUAUUAAGCGAACAGUAGUCACCAUCUGCUCAUUCGUAAAGAUACCAAGCUGUCGUACGAUCGUUCGAUUGAUCUCAGUGGAUGAUCGACAUAGAAGGUUUUGCAGUCCAUUGCUCUAAAUUUGAAGAUAUAGUUAAUUGACGAAUUCUUCGUUAUCAUGAAGAAUCGUGGUGGCGUAAGUCUAGCGCUAAUCUUGGGGUGUUUCUGCAUCGUUGCUACACAAGCACUGAAUAGAUGUUUGGUCACACAUGGUGAUGUCCCGUGUAAAGCAUCAGGUCCCUUACCAAUCACUCUUGAGUGUCGUUACCCUGGACAAUGGUUCGAAGUAAAGAAGACCGAGGUAAAAACGCCAACGGGGCACUGGAAUCAAGUAUCUAUGGAAACUACCGCUGACAAACAAUGUAAGCAAACCAAGAAGGCAUCAGGCAAGGAUUUUGCUUGUGACGUCACACAGUUCUCAGAUAUGGCCCGUGUGCGUCAAGUAAGGAUAACGUACUCUUGCUGGGAAUUCGAUCCCGAUUUACUUGGAGGCUUUGGAAGGAAGAGAAGUAAAAAAUUCCCUCUGUCAGUCAUGCCAUAGACCAAGAAGACCACGGAAUGUUGCCACAGUAAUCAUAGUGAGAGAUUCCCUGGCCCAUUGAAAGCCUCAGCAUUUCGCAACAUUAUAAUAAUCUAUUCUAAUCUACGUUAUAUUAAUAAUCAUAAUCUUUAUUGAGGAAACUUUUUCAUCUUUUGACGAUUUUCAAAAAGGACCUCUACAUUAUGUCUAUUAUAUCUUAAAUGAACACAUGAUUAACCCACGUGAUGGAAGAAAAUAGAAUACAUUGUUUUCUUA